AUUUACCAACUAUGAUAAUAUUUACACGUUAUUCAAAAGAAUGUGCAGACAUAAAUGUUUUUUUGUCUACUGUUUCUCUAAUAUAAAACGCCUGGAAAUUUAAUAAAUUCAACUUAUGACUUGUUUACUUAAGUAAUAUGUCAUCUGAGGAGGAACUAGAAAAUGGUUCUAAUAAUAGUGAAAGCAUGGAUAACAGCACUCCGAGUUCUGAAUAUGAAGAAGAUGAUGAGGAUGUUGAUGAUGACACUGAAAUGAUGGAUGAUGAAUCGGGAGGGAACAUACUUUCCGAUGAAAGUGAAAUAGAAGAUGAUAAAUAUAAUGAUGACAAAAACGAUCUAAUUGUUGAAACAAAUAAUGAAAAUGACAUCGAAAAAGGAAAUGCUAUUCGCACUCAACUUACUAUUUAUGAUAAUUUAUUACUUGCUAGAAUAAAAUUACAAAAAUGUUUAGCUGCAGCUAAUCAACUUCCUAAAUAUAAUAGUGAACUAUUGGUUAGUGAAUCUAUUAAUAAUGAUGUUGUAAUAAAAUCAUUACAACAAUUUUUAGAAACAUUGUUUGAUUUAAAGAUUAAAUUAUUAACAAAAAACAGUAACUUUAUGAAAACUAUAGAAAAAGAUGAUAUAUUGUUUGAUAGAGUGAAGUGUAAAGAUUUUGAUAAAAGUUUAAAAGAACAAUAUGAUAUUUUUAAGCCAUUUAGAGAUGAUACUAUUAGGUUUUGGAAUGAGCGUACAAAAAUUGCUUCAGGAAAAGCAGCUAAAUCUGAUUUUUCUGCUUUUGAUCAGCCUACUUUAAUGCAAAUUGAACAAAUUAUGGCUGACAAAAAUAGAUUAAUAGAAAGAACUCGUACAAAACGUUCCAAAUAUAAAAUUGUAGAUGAUUCAAAAUCAACAAACAAUGAUGUUGAUCCAGAGAUAUUUGAUGAUGAUGAUUUUUAUCAUAAAUUACUUAGAGAUUAUAUUGAAAAAAAAUCUGCAGAUAUUACAGAUCCCAGUCAACUUGGAAAGCAAUGGUUACAAUUGCAAAAACUGAGAAGUAAAAUGAAACAUAAAAUUGAUACUAGAUCUACAAAAGGUAGAAAACUUAGAUAUACAGUACACACUAAAUUAAUAAAUUUCAUGGCACCUAAUGAUCAAUCACCAUGGUCAGAUGAAGCUAAACAAGAUUUAUACAAUUCAUUGUUUGGAAAAAAAAUAAUGCAAAAUGAAUAAUACACCUUAUUCUGUAAAACAGUUUACUUUUUUUAAGUUUUCAAUAUUAAAUUAAUAAAAUAUAAUAAUGGAUUUACUUUAUUAUAA